AUGAUCACUAAUCGAUGUCAGGCCGUAGGGAUACCACGAAAGCUGUUACAUCCAGACUAUCUAGCAGGGCAAUCUUCCGAGAUAUGCGGUAAAUUCCCCCACCAUAGCAUACGUGUUUCACGUAUCUCACGGCCGCGGCUGUGUACUGUAAACACGGGUGCGAAGCAACACUCCUACUAUGCAUACCUAAACAACCACAUCCCUACUUCCCCUAGCUUCUUGUUGUUGCAAGACUUCUACACUCUCGUGAUCCCUACAUUCGGGACUAUUCGAUCGGCUUUUGCUUUACCAACAGCAUUCAUUUGCUCUACAAUGACCACGCUUUCUAGUCACUCCAAUGCUCGCUCUCAUGGCACAGUUGAAGUCGAAGUAUCACCUAAUGUUUAUGGAAAUGAUGCGCAUCUCGUGGUAUGCUGGGCCGCAAUACUCCUUAGCAUUGUGCGUUACCAAGGUCAAUGA